CAGGAUGCCCGGGCUACUCCUUCCCCAGCUGCCUGAUAUUCAAACUGCAUUACCGCCCAUAUUCAGCCAAUCUCAGCACAAUACUGCGAAUCAUCGAAAGAAUAUCGUUGCACUGCACAAGAUUCAUCUCCAGUGUGCCGCGGUGACCCAGACCCUGCCCAACGGCAAAGGCAUCAGGUUGACAGGGGAAAAAGCUUUCAAUGAUGCAUUUUCUUCUAUCGUGGACAAGAUACUGGAGGUGAAGCGAGGUGUCCUGCAGGCGGACAGGGUGGUGAAAUAUGUUGCAAGUUUUGUGACAUUCCUCUCGGAAAAAGCCGCCGAGCAGGCAACGGACGGGGAUGACGACGAAGACACACCAGCAUCGCGACUGAUUGCGUUCCUGCUGUCGCAUCUCUUGAAAGGUUUCGAAGCAAAAGAUAAAUCAGUCCGGUACCGAUGUGUCCAACUGGUUGCAAUGAUGAUUUCCUCCCUAGGCGAACUAGAUGAGGACUUGUUCAUGACACUACGUGAAGCUCUCCUCGAGCGUGCACAUGACAAGGAGCCCGCCGUUCGCGUCCAAGCCGUCAUUGCUUUGUCCAAAGUGAUGGCCGGAGAAACAGAGGAGGAUCUGGCGGAUGGGGAGGAAAGCGUGCAAGAGAUCUUAUUGGGGGUGCUCAGACAUGAUCCAUCUGCUGAGGUCCGAAGGGCUGCCCUCCUCAAUACACCGCCUUCUCCAACCACGCUCAACGAUAUUUUGUCCAGAACACGAGACACUGACACUACUCUUCGCCGUCUUGCGUACACUGCAGCUCUGUCUGCUCUUCCAAAUGCGAAGGUGAUGUCUAUUGCUCAAAGAGAGGAAGCCAUCCGCAACGGCCUUGGGGAUCGCGAGGAGAGCGUCCGUCGGGCAGCAGGCAAGAUGGUUGCUGGGUGGGUGGAAAAUCAGGACUUGCUUGAGUUCCUGCGCAUGCUGGACGUCGUGAGCAGCAGGGUUGCCGAAGAUGCUCUACUGAGUGUCUUCGUCACCAGGCCAGAGCUUCUAGAUGCCGCCCAACUUGAUGAGGAAUUCUGGUCGUCGAUCGCCGCGGAAAAGGCUUUUCUCGCACGCGUCUUCGUUGAUCACUGUAUCUCAAUUAAAGAUACGGCGCGCCUGGAGUUAUCUCUCCCCGUUGUUACUGCCCUCGCUUUCCGGAUACAGAGUGCCUACAAUAGGCUUCUGGACAUCACACUGGGGGAGGAGUCGCUCAUCGCGCAAGGAGCGGAGCUGGAAGCCAACCAAGAAGUGGCAAAGGACGAGGCAAUAUUCAUGCUUGGAGAGCUGUGCAAACUGGCUGUCAACCUCGAUUACGCAGACGAAAUCGGCAGAAGAAAAAUGUUCAGCCUUAUUCGGGACAUGCUCAGCCAACCGAGCUUACCGGAAGCGCUCAUUCCAAGAUGCAUGGACAUCAUGAGCAAGCUGUCUGACAGUGAGCGUGACUUAAUUCGAGUGGUGGUGGAGAUUGUCGGUGAUUUGAAGUAUCCUGAAGAUAAUGACGGUGACUUCUCUCGUGCUGGCAGCGAGGAGGCAUCAGAAAUCUCUCGUGGCUCUCGCCGUUCUCAAAACCGCUCACGUUCACGAGACCGGAAGAAAGUGCAAAAGACUGAGGAGGAGGAAGAGAUUGAGAAAGAGCGAGCGGCAUUCAUCGACAUGCGCUGUCUUGAGUUAUGCAUUGCCAUGCUAGAACGGGUGAACUCUAAUCUGCAUGAGAACUCCGCGUUUCAAGGUUUACUACCUGAACUCAUCAUUCCUGCCGUCCGAAGCAAGGAUUCCGCGUUGCGCGAACGAGGUCUCACCUGCAUUGGACUUUGUUCGUUGAUCGACAAGAAUACGGCCAAAGAGUCAUUUGGACUCUUUAUGAACCAAGUUCAAACAGCUUCCGACGAAAUGAAGUGCAAAGCACUGAAAGCCAUCUUUGACAUGCUCAUGAUUCACGGAACAGAUUUCUUCAUGGUUAAUGGAGAAAAUCGCACAAAUGACUUCUUGCUGCAUGUGAUGUCAGACGAGUUGCCGGAUGUGCAAGCUGUCGCUUGUGAGGGUAUCGCAAAGCUCAUGCUUUCUGGGAUGGUGACCGAUGAAACGAUCCUCCAAAGCCUUGUGCUAAUGUAUCUCUCGCCCGAGACUGCCGAGAACCAAGCUCUGCGUCAAUGCCUGAGCUACUUCUUCCCAGUAUACUGCUAUUCGGCGUCACAGAAUCAGAAGAAGAUGCAGCACAUAUUCGUUCCGGUAAUGGAAGUCCUCACGCAGGUUCGCCAGGAUCUGGAAGAAGAUCAAGAGAUGAUCUCGCAGAGCCAAAUUGGACUACAGCUUGUAGACUGGACUGAACCAGAGAAAGUGGUCCAGAUCGAUGGAAUGAAGGCGGAUGACUCCGUUCAUGUGGACGUGGCGAUCGAUCUCCUCAAAUAUCUGCUGGAUGCCAGCGACAAGGACGAACGGAAAGCCAUCUGUCAGCUUUUGAACAAGUUGCACUUCCCCGAGCAGGUGGAUGACGAUAAGAUCAGAAGCAUCGGACUCUUAAUUUGGGGUGUCAAGACACGGAGGCCUUUGAAAGACACCACCUCAAGAAACGCGUUUGUUCGUUUCCAGAACGCCAUGAACAAGAAGUACUCCGAGCAGCUCACAGGAAUGGAUGAAGCAGCAUAUCGAGAGCUGGCGUCCUUGAAGGAGCUGUUCGAUGACGUCUUCUUAUUGGUGCCAGAUGAAGAUGACGAAGAAGAGGCGACUCCCAGGCCGAAGGUGAAAACAGCUCCUCGGCAACGCGUGCGGAGUUCCUUGGCCUCUUCGGCAGAAAGUGACGAAGAGGAUGCGGCGCCAGUCGAUGAUGACGAGGAUGCGGAUGAAGUAGAUUCUAUUUUGGGUGAAGACGAUGAAUAG